CUUCUCUUCUUCCCAUAGUAGCCAUGUUGCACGGACGAUUGUCAUCAUCAUCAUCAUCAUCAUCAUCAUCACCAUCAUGGCCAGGACUCUCUGCAUUGCUGAUCACCGUCCUACUACGCGUCCCCGUUACAUAUGCAUAUUCGCCGCUCCAGGCCAGACAAGGAGGCCACCUACAAGGGCACGAUUUCCUGCCAGAGUGCGCACGGAAGUGCGUGGAUGACACCAUAUCCCGACAGCCCCGGUUCCAAGGGUGUGACGGCCGACUCGAGUGUCUGUGUGGGGAAAAUCCUGAGCCCUAUCGAGAAUUGCUCUGGUCUUGCAUCGACAACCCGAAAAAUUGCCCUCCGGAAGCCCACAAGAGUACAGAGUCUGCUGUCAUGCACGUGUGCGACGGAGUACUGCCAGUGUCGUUGUCGUCGUCUAAUGCCACGGCGUCUCCGACUUCGAUAGUGCCUGGGUCCACAUCCCCCGCUAGGACCGGUGUCACGCAGUCCGCCACAGAGCACCCAGCAAGGGAGGAGUCCGAGAAUGGUUCGGGGCUGUCCCCCGCCGCGAUCGCGGGAAUAUCCGUUGGCGCGGUGGCGUUGCUAGGGUUGACUGUUGUGGCCUGCUUCCUCUCGACCAUAAUGCGCAAUAGGAGGAAGCACAGAGAACAGGCACACUCCAUGGUCCUCGAGCCAACGUCGCCUCGUGGCCCAGGCGGGGGAUGGAAGGUUCACGGAGUGGACCAUUCUGGGUGGCCCUCCAUAGACUCCGUCGACUCCAACUCGAAUGCUGGCCACUAUUACAACUCCAAGAGUCUACUAACGCCCAUCGUCACGGAUAUCCCGACCGAGAAGAAAGGAGCUCCAGCCAUCAACAUCUCACCGGUGUCGCCCGUAAGCCCGAGCGGCAACAGCUCUGAUGCUGCUGUUGCCGCUCCACCCGCACCAACUAGGGUGGUCGCAUCGAGGAAGAUAAUCGAGAACCACCAUCUCCAGAUCGAUAUGCCUCCACGUUUUGGCCUCACGCCCCCCACUCCUGCAGCGCACGGGAGCGCGGAGGAGCUAGUGUCGCCAGUCUCCCCCGUGUCCGACUUCAACCGUGCGCGGCUAGCGAGGGCCUCCUCAGGCUCGGUAUCGUCGGCAGGCUCCUACCACGAAGCCCUUCCGGGUCAAGCCUUCACAACCGACUCGAGGAGCGUGCGAUCGAUAUCGCCGCCAUCGCUGGAAGGCUCGAACCGUCACACAUGCUCCGCCGCGACAAUGCCCCGCAUCCAACGCGAGCGCACCCCGGAGCCCUCAACCCCCCCACCCCAAUAUGCGCUUGCAAGACCAACGUCAUCGGGCAACACCGACCCGGGGAGAUCCUUGAGAAAACCACCAGCCGCGGCAGCAACGGGCGGUGGAAUGGCCAGGACAGACUCGAUAGCCUGGCGACGGGAAUUGGAAGAGGCGGCAGAGCGCGCCAUGACCAGAGUGGUACGGUCGGAGCAAAGCAUACAGGAGGAGGGCGCGGGCGAACGGCGUCGAAAGAGCAGUAUCCCGGGAUUGGACCUGUUCGCCAGGCGUGCGAGUCGGGAUAGCAGAGGCGACGAAGAGAGCGGUCCCGUGAACAGUGGUGAGACUGGCUCGAGCUUCUGGAAUCGAAGGGGCCGCGUCAGCACACCGCCUCGGAGCCCCGGCUUCUUCAGCCCAGGACGGCGAAGAGAUAGCGGCGCAACCGGAGGGGGGGCGUAAGCGGAGCAGCGCCGAUGUACUGUACAGUAAGGCACCGCUCCUCCAAUCGGGAGGCCACUUUACGAGAGACGUUAUAUGUAGAUGUAAUAAGCGGGUCGUGAUUGGUGGGGGGUUUUUUUGCUCAUCCGAGCGUGUUUCUCUCUCUCGGGGAAUACUGUAUCAUAGCGUAUCAGGCGAAAUUCAGGCUGUCGCGUUUACCGGCGGUGUAAAUAAUAUGAGCUAUUUUUCUCUCUCUCUUU